AUGCAGAAUGUAUUUGGAGAGCGGUUCGAUCUGAUGGCGCCAGGAAGACAUGUUCUGGUCAACAUCCCCCGUGGAGAGCGCGCUGAAAAAGUAUUGCUACGUGUGCAGGCCGAUGCUCGCCGAAUGGGCGAAUCUUGCUCGGACAUGUACUUCCAGGCCUUGAACGUGACUGGCUCCUGGGCAGAGGCAAAACAAGCCGGAGGUUAUCAUUACAGCGCGUCUCAAAGCGAGGUCGGGACCCUUCCGGAAUGGGUUGCGUUUGGCAAGGUCGAGUUGAAGAUCGUUCGCGGGCGCACAGACGGCGGCGUGUCGUACUUGAACGUGUUCGUGAAGCAUUUGAGACGGUCGGGGUUUGCUGUCGGAGGUCUUCUGGGCGAAGACGACCACAGCGACGUUAGCACGCCCGCGCCUGAGUGCCUCGAGAUGCUUGCGCUGCAGAAAGUUCGUGCGCACCAGCCUAGCAUUGGUUUCUCAGCGGCUUCGACUGCAGUGGGAACAUUCGCUUAG